AUGCUGGACAAGCCCCUCUUCGGGCAGCAGCUCCCGUUCAAGACGUCGAUCCCUCCCGCGCGGCUCGUGCCGUGGCCCGUCCGCGCGGGCCUCUCCGCGGGCCUCGCGUCGCUGCUCUCCCUGUUGAAAAAGACGCUGUUCAAGGACGUGGGAUGGGACGACAACGUGCUGCCCGUGCCCGUGUUCGCCACGGUGGUCGCGAUCGUGUGCACCGCCAAGACGCGCGGAGGCACCUACAUGAACUGCUGGCACGUCAUCAACGGAACCAUCGCGGGCGCCCUCGGCUCCGCGCUGUUUCUCGCGCUCCUCGGUGACUCCGUCGCGGCGGUCAUCGUCACCAACUCCCUCAUCGGCGCCGGCGUUCUCUACCCCCGCGGCAUCCCCGUGCUCGCGCAGAAGUUCGCGUUUGGCGGGUCCACCAUCUGCGUCUGGGGCGUCUACGAGAACCUCGACUUCCGAUGGCAGACCCUCGGGGUCCCGCUCUCCGCCGCGCUCGGCGCCCUCGCCGCCGUCAUCGUCGCCCUCGCCCCGGAGACGUCCGCCAUACGCUCCGUCAAGCGGGAGGCGGACAAAGUCGUGGAUUUUCUCGAGGAGGCGCUCGACGACGCCGUCACCGCGUACGCGUGGCGAUCGGACCCGUCCCAGCGCGAGAUGCUCCGCGCCCGGGUGACAAACGCGUUGACGCAGGCGGAGGCGCACCUCUCGAAGCUCAAGGAGGCGGCGAGGGACGCGCGAUGGGAGCGCAAGGUUCUGAUCGGCAUCGACAUGGUGACCAAACCCGAGAAGGACCGCAAGAGCCACAAGAGCAAGGCGGAGGAGUUCAUCCCGGUUUUGGCGGAGGUGAGCAUGAGCCUCAAGGGCAUGGAGCUCGCCCUCGAGGGAUUGAACGCGGUUCAGGUGGACCGCUGGCACCUCCUCGAGGGCGGCGAAGACUCUGAGCGGGUGAAGGGCCGACCGGCGCCCAUGUUCGACGGCGAUCCCGAGGGUUCCCUCGCCGCCGUCAAGGACGUCGUGGUCCAGGCGAUGCGCGACGCCAUCAAGCCCAGGCGCCGCGACGACACGCAAACCUCCUCGCAGGUGGCGGCGGACCUCCGCGAAUCCCUCACUCGGCUCGACGACGUCAUCACCGAGGAGCGCAAGAGGCACUACGCGCCGAGCCAGGCGGCGAGUGACGCGAGGGAGACGGUGGCCAGGAAGGCUCUGCAGGCGAACCACCUGUGGAUCUUCGCGUUCCAGAACCUCGCGGACAGGCUGCGGGCGCACCACGAGCCGACGUGGGCGUCGAGCCCGGGCGACACGUGCCAGACGUGCGCGCUCGCCGAGACGUCGCCGGCUAAGCCCAAGAAGGGGCCCAAGGGUCCUCUGGUGGAUCCCCGCGACGAGAUCUCCGCGCUGUUCAACUGCAACUUCAGGGCCAACUCCGACCAGGUGCUGUACGCGAUGAAGCUCUCCACCGCGUGCGCGAUCGCGGCGAUCGUCGGCUGGAUCGUGAGCGACAACGGCUCGUGGGCGGCGCUCGCCGUGUCGAUGGUGGGCACUCGCGAGAGCCACGCCGUCGGCGGCUCCUUCAACGCCGCGCUCCUCCGCAUGCAGGGCACCAUCUUCGGCGCCAUGUUCGCGUACACCAUCAUGUCGUGCGUUCAGGGCGAGCACGAGUCCUGGGCGGGCGGCGCGAGGCUCAUCCUCCUCGCCGUCUUUAACUUUCUGUGCACGUUUCUCAGGCUCAACGCCGAAUACUCCUACGCUGGCGUCGUCGCCGCUUUCACCGCGUACGUCGUGGCGCUCGGCAUCCCCGACGGCGCGUCCACUUCCGAGGCGAGGGCGUACGCACACCUCCGCAUCGAGCAGAACCUACUCGGCCUCGUCAUCCUCGUCUUCAUCGAGGUUGUCCUCCUGCCGACGUUUGCGCACGACGCCGCGAGGCGAGCGGCGAGCGAGGCGACCGCCGCCGCGGAACACGCCGCCGAGGUCAUCUACGACGCCACCGUGGGAACUGACUGCAUCAUGUGCCGCGACCGCGCCGCCAAGGACGCGGGCGGCGCCCUCGAUGACCUCCGCGAUAAGCUCGCGACGCUCAACACCCUGCUCGUGCAAGCCGCGGCUGAGCCCCACCUGUGGUCGCCCAAGUUCCCCCUCGAGCCGUACCAGCGCAUCGCGACCGAGACGGAGAGCGUGCGCAGGGUGCUCGGGCUGAUGCGCGCGGCGCUCACGGCGAUGGCCCACGGUUCACGCGGUGGAAGGACCGAGGGUAGCGGCGAUCCGAGGCGCAUGAUCCGCGAGUUGCUGUCGCCCACGGAUAGGUUCGUCACCGACCUUCGCAGGGCGGUCAAGCAGAGGCUCGGCCGCGCGUCGCACGACCUGGCGGAGGGCGAGGGUCACUGGGAGACGAAGAAGGCGGCGGCGUCCAUCGCCCGCGCGCAGGCUUCGCUCCACCGCGCAUUUAUCCUGCACACGCUCGAGAUUCGGGUGAGGUAUCAGGCGGGCGAGGAGGACAUGUUCCUCCCCAACCACCUCAUGGUUCCCUGGCACGCGUUCAUGUCCUGCACGGCCGUGCUCGCGCUCAACGUGGACAACCUGAGCCAGGCGUCGUGGGAGGCGCUCCUCGCGGUCAAGCCCCCCGUCGGCGGUGACGAGGAGGAGGAUUGGGAGGACGAGCCCGAGGAUGACGAGCCUUACUCGGGCGGCGGCGGAAAAUACGACGACGACGACGACGACGUUAGACCGAUCUCCGCCUCCCAGCCCUCGUUCAAGCGUUCGGGCAGCGGUAACAGCGGCAGGUCGGGCGAUGCGCCGUACACCAACGGCGUCAAGUCCCCGGAGCAGUCCCUGGGAAGGCUGUGA